AUGAAAAGGUGUGCUUUGCUAUAUUGGUUUCUGUGGUUUCUUAUUGUCAGUGUCGUUGUCGAUGAAGCGCGAAUAAACACUAUUUCUUCAGCUGAAAAAGUACUCUGGAAAUUGAAAAGUGGAGUUGAUCCGGAAGUAUACCAAAAUAUAACAGAAAUAAUAUCCUCCAAAGGCUACAAAUUUGAAGAACACUAUGUUACUACUGAAGAUGGCUUUAUUUUAUGUGUUAUAAGGAUUUUACCGAAAUGUCACGAAGCUUCAGGGAGACAAAAAGUUGUAUUCCUUCAACAUGGCCUUUUAGAUUCUGCCCACACUUGGGUUAACAACUUACCGGACGAAAGCCUAGGAUUUAUACUUGCUAAUAAUUGCUAUGAUGUGUGGCUUGGUAACAGUCGCGGAAGCACUUAUUCAUCAAAUCAUCAGUAUUUAACACCUGAUGACAAAGAGUUUUGGGAGUUCUCUUGGGAUGAAAUGGGUAAAUAUGACCUUCCAGCAACGCUGAUGUACGUCCUCAAUCACACUGAUGCUGAAAAACUGAGCUACAUUGGUCACUCACAGGGCUGUCAAAUUGCUUUGGCAUGUUUUGAUGAACAUCCUAUAAUACAAUCAUUUAUUGAUUUAUUCAUCGCCUUAGCACCAGCUGCUUAUCUUGGUUCAAUUAAAAGUCCUAUACGUUAUAUUGCACCAUUUGUAAAAACAGUUGAACCAGUUGUAGAAUGGUUUGGAAAUGGUGAAUUUUUACCUUCAGGUAAAAUUAUGCAAUUUUUAGCAUUAUUCUUAUGCAAACCGCAUCGUAUACCCUUUGUAUGUAGUAAUAUAAUGUAUUUACUUGCUGGAUAUGAUUCUAAAAAUACAAAUGUGAGUCGUCUCCCAAUUUAUGUUGCACAUACACCGGCUGGAACAUCAGUCCAAAAUAUGGUACAUUAUUGUCAAGGUAUAGUUACUGAUCGUUUUCAAAAAUAUGAUUAUGGUUUAAUAAAGAAUUUACAAAUCUAUAAUCAAUCUUAUCCACCAUUAUAUAAUAUAUCUCAACUUAAAUUACCUAUUAUCAUUUAUUAUGGUGGUCAAGAUUGGCUUGCAUCUUAUAGAGAUAUUCAUAAACUUAUUAAACAAAUUAAUUAUACAAUUAGAUCAACACAUUAUUUUCCAGAUUAUAAUCAUUUAGAUUUUGUUUGGGGUUUAAAUGCUGCCAAAUUAUUAUAUCCAUUAAUUUUAGAACAAUUAUCUAGAUCAAAAGUACGUCGUUAAUUGGCCUAAGAGGCAGUGGUGUUAUUUUCGCUCAUAUCUACUUUAAUUAAUAUAUUUCUGUAAUAACGCCCUUUGUGUUGUACAGUCUUCAGAGCAUCCAUAACCCCUUGGUUCGUCGAUGGGGCAAUCCACGUAAGGUGCCGACCGCGAGGUGUGGCUUCGACGUUAGUUUGUUCGUCACACCCUUCCCGUCUAACUCUAGUAGUCCCCCAAAAAUUCGGCAGAGAUCAUUAAGGUUGAUGGUCUACUCAACCAAUAAAGGGGAACAGAGUUGACGAAAGCAUGGGUAAAUGGUAAAAGUUACAACUGUAACUCUAAGACUCAGGAUUCUGCAUUCUGGCUCACUGAUGAUAGCUCAUUUUUUUAUCACCAUCUUGAGAUACAUGCUUUGAUUGCGUAGACACGUGCCAUAGUUAUCGCACCGACUCCAAUAUACUUCUCUAUUCGCCUAUAUUUGAACUAGAUAUUUAAUGUGAUGGUGACCAAUUAAUGUCAUGGUCUUAGCAUGUGAAACUGUAAAAGACUGGUAUCUGCCAGUCGAUUUUGACUUUUGUGUACCUAGCCAGUUAGGUCUUUUCUAUAGCUUUCAAGAAAGUCUAUAAUUACACUACAUUCUUUCCACAGAAGUUCUAUAGGAUUCAUCUUAAACGUUUAUAUAUCUUAUUCUAUCUGAUUUCUUCCUGAGAAAAAUCCAUAUUCACACUGUUGAGUAGCUCUUGUUAUAACUUCGCUUAUUUAACAUGAGGCUCAUCAUAUAAUGUUACUAACUGAACAAUAGUUCCGAAGUUCCGAUCACCAUUCAUUUCGUUCUCGGCUUGGAAAGGACAGGAGGCUAGGUGGCCUGUUAGUCCUGGCAAUGCUAAUCUCCCAGUUGAUCCAACUUUCUUUUGAUUGCGUUCAAAGAUGGAGCUUCAAUCACGUGUCGAGGUAAUGAGUUCCAUUCGUCGAUCCUAUGGGAAAGUCGUUGGUCAGCUGGCAAGUAUUUUACUCUGGGCUUGUGAACCAUUUUGGAGUGUCCUCGUAAAUUCUUUGAUUUGGAAAAUAAGAAAAAUGAGAACAUAUCAGGUGCAAAUUUAUCGCUAAUUAAUUUAAAAAGAAACUGGUCAAACCACCUCGUCUUUCCAUGUUUUCAGUAAUAAGGAUAGGUCUAUCGACCUUUAUUAAUCCUUGCAUUCUUUAAGACUGUGGAGGCCAAUUCUCGUCUUGAAUAUAUCAAGAAAAGGUGUUGAUGUUAUGUGUUCUGGUAUAGAAUUCCACUAAUUGAAUACUUAGUGCGAGAAACGGAACUACAGACGUAGACAUUUUGUUCUCGGUUUUGAAACUUUCUUAUGAAGUUGUCGAAUGAUCAGCCCUCGACGGAAGGAAAAGAUAAGAUAUAAUAAUACCAAGGUUAUCGUUCAUUAUACGAUAAGCCAUUAUUAGAUCACCCCGUAAUCUACGGUAGGAUAACAGUGAUAUGAAUCAUGAUGUAUAUUUAAUUACAUCACCACACCCUUGCUAGAAUUUACUUCUAGUGGUCACCCGCUCAUCCAUGUCACCAAUAAAUUGAGAUCUUGUAAUACUAUUUUAUCUGACAUACUGUUUAUGGGUCUCCAAAUGUUGAUGUCAUCGGCGAAGAGUAGGACUGUUGACUUUGUUACAGUUAGUAAUUCAUUUGCAUAAAGUUAAAAAAGAAGAGGACCAGGAAUUGUACCUUGGGGAACUCCACUUUUCACAGGUUCCCACGGUGACUGAGCUCCAUUUACUCUUACCCGUUGUCUCCUAUAACUGAAAAAGGCAUUUGUCCAGUCUAUGACCUUAUAAUGAAUUCCGAAACUUUCCAGUUUUAAGUUAAGACCCUAAUGGAAGACCUUGUCAAGUUUAAUUAGAUAUAUGGAAAUUACAUCUACAGAAAUACUUCGAUCUUUUGUUGCAGUCCAAUCUUCUAUUGUAAUGAGCAGAUAUGUCAAGCGGCAACUAACUAAUUCACCCAUUCCACCUUAAUGGGAUAUAUUAUCGACGAUAGCAAAGGGGGUAUUUCUAGUGAGCAAAACUACUCCUUAAUGCUUCUGGGUUCUGUCAGCACUGACUCGUACGGAAAUUUUAAAAUCAAGUUUCUUACUGUCUACAGGCUGAGUCAACCAAGUUUGUGUUACGGGAUUACAUCCGACAUGAUAGUCUCUCUUUACACUUAUCUCCGAACAUUUGUGUAACUGAUAUGAAGGCCAUUUCAAUGGCUUCGUGCUGCACCCAGAGUGGUUUCAGCAUCAUUCUUUGUUGAAAUCUCUCAACCCGAAAAUUUACAGUCCUAAGGUCCUCCUCACCAGCAUUUAGCCUUAGUUUUAGUCCUUUCCAGCUUCUCGUCGUUUUAUGCAGUCUGUGAGUUGCAGGGCUUUACGGACAAAAAAAUUUUGAUCCCUUUAGAUUAUGUCUAUUCUAUAGCAUUAAAUAUCACUUGUUUGUACAAAGGGGCACCAAAUACAUAUGUGCUUCAUAUAAAUAUCAAAUGAAUGUGAAUUGUCUGAAUUUUAAUUGAAGCAAGAAUAAUAUUUCCAAUACUAAUUGUCAUUUUGUUUGAUUUUUGUGUGGGCUGUGAUACUGACUCGGUGAACAGACCUAAGCAGAUUGUUUUUUUAGGGGGCCACACCUGGAGCCUUUGACCUAAAGGUCUAAUCCACAAGGCAGUGAAGCAUCGUGAGGAGAUGCAGUCCCAUGGUAACCGGUGACCGACGAUUGGUUCAUACGCCAUUUGUUCCUUCAGGAUCCUAGAGCCUAUGUGCACCAUCGGUUUGGAAUCAGGGUUCUUCAACUCUUAGUGGACCCUCCGUGUCCCUUCCAUUGGUAUUGAGAUACUACUUUCAACAGCCUGGUUUGAUUUUCUUUCAAGUCUGUUUGACUACCUAGUCUACAAACUUUCAGUAGGGAGACCCCAGACAUAUCUUCAUACACUAGCUGUUUAAUUAGAAUUUUCAUCAACUCAAUGUCAUGCUCAAAGCAGUUUCUAGGUUCAGAGCUCUCACCCUCCUUGACUCUCAAGGAUGAUUGACCUGUUACUAUGAUCAACCUUUGAUUUUUCAACGACUGUUCAGGGGACUGGCUUUUUUAUUAAUAUUAGGUCGUCUCUUAUUCUUGAUUUGUAUCCAUCCAUCAGCACUCACUAGAGUCACAAACACAGUUGCGUUAAACACACUGUAAGAUUCUCAAUGAUUGUCGGUGACUUAGGUGAUCAGGUUGUUUUCCGUUACCGAAACGAACCUAGCCCUAUGGAUUAGGUUUUUUAGGUGUCUCCUGACUGCUGCCACUUGGAGCGCGGGGCACAGAAGAAACUUUUCUUCGGUUGUUAUUUCUGACAGACAUUUUUGAAAUUGGUUCUCCCUCGUUUGGCCCAUGUAGUUCAGGCGAUUCUGAGCUUAUUUGAGAUGAAUACACAUCGAUUUGUGAACUGACAGAACCUUUUAAUUUUAGUCUUCAAAUACCGUCUUUGAAUUCUUGUUACAAAAUUGAACCUGCUAAUUAAAGUUUUUUUCCCUCCAGUUACAUGCAGCUUCCUCCGUUCCGAAUCAAGUAAGCCGAAGUCCUUUUCAUUGUGCAGCAAUUUCUUUAUAAUUUUGCGACAGAUAACAUCAAGUUCAGCUCAUAACAACAAUAACGCGUUUACAAGUUUUAUUCACUCGAGAUUUCAUGAGUUCAAGUCCGCAAAACCGGAGUUAUCAAAUUUUGAUGUGAUCAAAAAGUUAGCACAGUUGUACAAGUCACUUCCAGUUGAAGAGGUAGAAAAGUUGAAAUCAGAAGCGAAAGAACAGCAAUAUUAUGUUAAAAAAGCGACCAAGGUUAUAUUUUUAACUAUUUAUUCAUUUGAUUUGUCACUUUUUGAUUUGUUUUCUGAAAGAAAUUAAUAUUUUUCUUACAGUUAAUUAUGAGGAUGUAAAUGGUGAUGUGGCUCUGUUCUUGAUUCGGGAAGUAGUUGUCGGUGUUUUUAGUGUUGUUGAAAUAUAUAUUGUAACCCAAAGACAGUUUUCUCUCUUGGAAAAACUCAUAUAGCAAGUAUGUUUUCCCAUAGUUAAUCAUAUUAGUUCACAAUCUCACCAUGACUAUACCAAAUGCUUCGAAUGUCAUUGGUUAGUGAAAUAAGGAUGGUAUGCAACAAUAGUAAGUAUACCUCUGUCUCCAAUAAUGUAAGGUCUUUAUUUGAAUUCUUGAGAUUUGUUUCUCAAAGAGAAUUCGGAUUUAAGAUAUUCAGUGUCCUCUGUAACAUAAACAUUAGGUUCAUCUUUUGAAAUUACUGUGAUAUAACUAAUACUUUCCAGAAAUCAGAAUAGUUAGUAAUGGCAAACUGAAACUUUUUAAUGAAUUCGGUUCUGUUAUUAAAUACCACAUGUAUCUUGUUAUAUAUAAAGUGUUUUUUUGCAUUCCUCACUUAUUCUAAAAAGUUACGCUUAAAGAGUUUGGUUUGGUAUACUAAUCUAAUUACUAAUUUGAACCAUAUGAAAUACUGGAUGGUCUGCUAACUAUUCUAGUGUAACUAACAUUGGUAUUUAAAUUAGCGGUUUGUCUGUACCAAUUAUCACUCUGUGUUUACCAGUGACUCAUAUUCCCCGUCUGUUUGACAUUCACAUUUCUGUGUGAUACUAAAAUGUUUUUCAUCUUCAUCAAGUAAUCACUAGUUUUAUUAGUUGCAUAAUGUAUGAAGCUUUAAAAAUAUUAUUUAACAUCGUUCCGAUUAGUAGAUUGAUUUCUAUAUGCAUGGAUAACAAAAAAUCGAGGUUGAAAAUAACUAGAUCACCAGUUAAAAUCUAAUCAUGAACAUGGUACUUUGUUUCUUAAUUUCAUCCAACACCUGUAAACUGCUGUUUUUCAUUUCCGUUUCCUUAUGGAGUAUUUUUAUUGCUAUAUAGUAUGAAGUUUAAAUGUCUUUUGAAAUUUUCAUUUUUAGUUUGCUUAUCGUAAUGGAAUGCCAAAAAGUCCACCAAACUCUGGACUGAAAGUUUUUAUGAAAGAAAAACUGAAAGACUCUAAGGGUACACCAGUGUCUGAAAUGAGAAGUGAAUUCAAAGAUACUAUAAAACAAUGGAUGUCAUUGCCUGAAUCUGAUCAACUGGAGUAUAAUAACAUGGCAAAAGAUUUAAAAAAUGACUAUGAAGCUAAGCUUAAAGAAUGGGCUACAAAAAAUAAUAUUCAAUAUACAAAACGUAUAUCAAUACUGGCUGAUAGAUUCUAUAGAACAUAUCAUCCAAAAUAAAGAACCCAUUCAUUUUAUCAAUGAAGACAAAUGAAUGAGUAGUUUACCAGUUUCUGUGGAAACUAUUGUUGUCAUUGGUUUAUCUGUUUAUUAAAUCUUUUAGUGUUUUUUGGCAGCCUAUUGCUUGUUAUUCGUCUAUUUCAAGAGUUUUUUUUCUGUUUCCACACAUUGUCACUCUUCUACUAGAUGCUGUUCAAAAUUUUCUACAUUCAUCUGUCAUAAAUGUGUAAUAACUAAUUAUCAGUUUGCUUGUUAG